ACCUCUUAACCCUAACCUUCCUCUCAUCCUUCUCGCGAAUCUCACCUGCUCACCUUCCCGAAUCCCCUCCCUUUCUACCGUCGGCACCCCCAGAGUCGGACUACUGGAGUGGACUGCUGCUGCUGAAUCCAUCUGGACAGACUGAACUGCUACCAUCGAACAAGAAGCCAUCUGCCGAAUCCAUCUACCUUGUUGCUGCCGAUCCAAACGGAAGAAGAAAAUAAGCGACUUUAGUUUGCAUUUAGGAAGAAGAAAACUCGUGCUUCAGCAAAGCAGAAUGGAUCCGCAGCUCACUGAGGUCUCUCAUCUUUUCGAGCGAUUCAAAGCAGCCUUCAUCAGGAAGGAUUACGAUUUCUGCACCAAUCUCCUUUCUCAGCUCAAGGUAUUACUGACCAAGUUCAGAAGCCUUCCACCUUUGUUUGAAAACACCCCUAAUGCUGUCAAAGAACUGACACUAGCAAGAGAAAUUUAUGAGCAAGCUGUUGUACUUAGUGUGAAGAUUGAGGAUCAAGAUGCCUUUGAGAGAGAUUUCUUUCAGUUGAAGCCCUAUUAUACAGAUGCUGGCAGCCGUCUCCCACCAUCUCUUCAGGAGUACCCCAUCUUGGGUCUUAACCUUUUGAGACUUCUUGUCCAAAAUAGAAUUGCAGAAUUUCACACGGAAUUGGAACUGCUGUCUCCCUCUGCUCUGGUGAAUCCUUGCAUCAAACAUGCAGUGGAGUUGGAGCAAUCCUUUAUGGAAGGGGCUUACAACCAUGUUUUAAGUGCAAGGCAGACUGCUCCACAUGAAACCUAUGUUUAUUUCAUGGAUCUGCUGGCAAAGACUGUAAGAGAUGAAAUAGCUGGAUGCAGUGAAAAGGCAUAUGAUUAUCUCUCAAUAAAUGAUGCUCAGCAAAUGUUGUUGUUCUCCUCAGAUCGAGAUCUCUUGGAAUACAUUGAGGCGGAGCAUCGUGAGUGGGAGGUAAAGGAUGGAGCUGUCUUCUUCCAGAAGGCAAAAGAAUCUACUCCUUGUAAGGAGAUUCCAUCCCUGCAACUCAUCGACCAGACACUCAGUUAUGCGAGAGAGUUGGAACGAAUUGUGUAACAGUUGGUUGAUUUACUGAGGAUCUCCAUAUUAUUAUCCUUUUCUGAAGUUGGGUCUUGUUGAGAAUUGAAACUUCGUGUUAAAGCUUUAGUGGAAUAUUUACUUUGUCCAUUUACAUUAUCAACCAUGUGUGAUUCUAGGUUUAAACAAUUGUUGGCUGAAUGUUUUAUUUUCUAAUGCAUCUCAACUUUUAAAUUAAUGGAUAUUCUUAAU